UCCUCUCUACGCUUGCGCGGCAAGGAAGCCCUCACUUCCGGCCUUGCGCGCGCGCAGUCUGAGCCUAACUGGUGCAAGACGGCCAGCAUGAAGUUCAACCCCUUCGUGACCUCGGACCGCAGCAAAAACCGCAAACGCCACUUCAAUGCCCCCUCGCACGUGCGCAGGAAGAUCAUGUCUUCCCCGCUCUCCAAGGAGCUGCGGCAGAAGUACAACGUCCGCUCCAUGCCCAUCCGCAAGGACGACGAGGUCCAGGUGGUUCGAGGACACUACAAGGGUCAGCAAAUAGGCAAGGUAGUCCAGGUGUACAGAAAAAAAUAUGUCAUCUACAUCGAGCGAGUGCAGCGUGAGAAGGCUAAUGGUACAACUGUUCAUGUGGGCAUUCACCCCAGCAAGGUAGUUAUCACCAGGCUAAAACUGGACAAAGACCGGAAAAAAAUUCUUGAACGCAAAGCCAAGUCUCGACAAGUUGGAAAAGAGAAAGGCAAAUAUAAGGAAGAACUUAUUGAGAAAAUGCAGGAGUGAAUAUAACCUGUUACGCAACCACGGUUUAACUGUAGAUUUUUAGUCUGGUGUGUAUUCCUUUGAAACUUUUCAAGAUGUCUGUCAAACGUUUCCUUCCUGUUUUGUUGUUGAUAAUGUAGCUUUGUAAAUCUGCUUUUGCUGUUUUGAUUAAUAAUUUUAUGAAUAAUCGUUGAAAAUGUCUCCUAAUUGCAGAGGGAAUUUGCAUUGUUCUGUAGAUAAAAUCCAUCUUAGUGUGAGUUCCUUGAUGCCAUUCUUUCAUGUGUUUAUCACGUACGGAGCAGCAAAAUAGCAGCGGUAGGAUGGCUGUGCUCCUGCCUGGACCCUCAUGCUGAUGGGGUGGACAGGACAGGGCUCUCGUCCCUAAUUCAGGGGUGUGUCCCACUCAGUGAUGGUCAUUACAUGAGCUGGCACAUACAGGACUGAGCUCACUCAGUGGCUGGUGCUGCUUUGCACGCUUAUGUCUCAGGUCUCGAUGGAUUGCCCUUUGGCCAGCUUCCUGUCCCUCGUGCUCCAGCCAAGCCAAAUGGCAUGCAGCUCCCUGACCAAGCUGCCCUUCCCAAGGUCUUGACUUUGUAAGUGUAUUUCCAAGUAACUGAAGUGUCCUUCCUCUCUCCUGGGGCUAACUCAGGAAACUGACGACAGCCUGUAGGCAAGAUGUGGCUCACAGAUUAUGUUUGUCCUUCUAUUGUUCUCAUGAUUUCUUAGAAGCCAAGUUCUAACACUUAAAACUUGAGACAUUCCACAGAGAAAUCUGGAUCUUGCUUCAUCUGGUUGCAUGGGGCCCUGAUCCUGCAUAGCGUCAUUUGUGUGGAGCCCGGGGCUGGCUGCUCUAUCCAGUCUGCUCUGCCCAUGUGCCCAAUUUGCCUGGCCCCCACUGGCAUCUGCGUUUUACACUCCUGGUCUAACUGCAACCAAACUAAUAUGAGUUCACUCCUUGGUGAGUUACACAUAGAGACUAUACCAGGUGGAGUUGUGGUUUUGAUUUUUGUUGUUUGGUUUUUGGUUUUUGGGUUUUUUUUUUUUUUUUAGAGAGAAAUUGAAAAUUUUAAGCAGGCUCCAUGCUCAGUGCAGAGCCCAAUGCGGGGCUCGAUCCCACAGCCCUGGGAUCAUGACCUGAGCCAAAAUCAAGAGUCCAGACGCUCAAUCGAUUGAGCCACCCAGGCGUCCCAAGGUGGAAUUGCUGUACAACAGAAACUUAUUUGCAGCAAAUAAGGAAAUCACUUUGAAAUCUGUGACCCCCUGAGUAGGGGUGAAUGGGUUUCUUUCAUUUAGGGUUAGGAUGGAUAUUCAGAAAAGGGAGUUUCAGUCAUUAUUAUAGGUAGAGGUGGGUAUAAGGUCAUACACUUGUCUUAAGGAAACCUGCUGAUUUAGCAUUGUCUGUUGUGUUAAUGAAGUUUGUUUCUGCCGUGGGUGAAGAUUUUAACAUUCUAACGAAGCAGAGGUAACUGUUGGACCUGGGGAAGGGGUUAUGGGCCUGCUGAAGAGCCAUAAACUGGAUUGGGUCUUGGGCUCCUUAUCUUGGGGAAGCAGUGAAAGGCCUUGCUUACUUUUGAAACAGCCCUGGGAGUUUUGCCACUGAUUCAUUAUCUCUGAUAUGGUUAGGCUACUUCCUGGCCUAGUUCAAUCUGUUGUUAGUUUUUGCAUUCUCAUUCUUCCCUUAAAGUCCUUAGCUAUUGAGUUUUUUGCAUUUCUUUGUAAUUCUGACACCUUGUAAGUUCUACAAGAAGUGUGCUAGAGCAAGAAGAGAUGCUUGGGGGCACCUGGGUGGCUCAGUGGGUUAAGUGUCCAACUUUGGCUCAGGUCAGGAUCUCAUGGUUUGUGAGUUCAAGUCUCGAAUUAGGCUCUCUGCUGUCAGCACAGAGCUUGCUUGGAUCUUCUGUCCCCCUCUUUCUCUGCCCCUCCCCUGCUCAGGCUUUCUCUCUCAAAAAUAAAUAAAUAUUAAAAAAAGAAGAAGAAGAAGAGCUGGUUAGGCAUAUAUCAUAGAAAAUAGUUGGGACCUAAAAUGACUUCUUUUCUUUUCUUUUCUUUUCUUUUCUUUUCUUUUCUUUUCUUUUCGUUUCAUUUUGUUUCGUUUAUUUAUUUUGAGAGAGAGAGCAAGGGAGGGGCAGAGAAGGGAGAGAGAGAAUCCCAAGCAGGCGCUGUGGUUUCAGCACAGAGCCCGACACAGGCUCAAACUCACAAACAGUGAGAUCAUGACCUGAGCUGAAUUCAAGAGCUGGAUGCUUAACUGACAGCCACCCAGGCACCCCUAAAAUGACUUCUCUUUCUUUUUCUGGGCACCCCUAACUCUUUCUGCUUACAUAACUUCUAGUUACUCUUCAAGAUUUAGCACCAGAUCCAUCUCUAAAAUCCUCCCUUGCUUCUGUGAAAAAUUAUUGAUUAAAAUGCAUGAUAAAAAUGCAUAAAAUGAUAAAAUGCCUCUAGUGAUACAUGGCUGGACACAUUGAGUUUCUUAGUAAAUGUUGAUUGAGUCCAUUAUUUCCCAUUUUGAAUGAUGAAAAAUGAGCUCAGAUUAAUUGUCCAGAUCCCAGAGAAUGUAAGAGAUGGAGUUAGUAUUUGAACCCAGACCUCACUGCGUCAGAGACCACUCACAUCCCACUUCAAGCCAUCCAUCCCUGGUGGUCAUUUUUUCACCCUGUCAUUUUUCACUCCCUUUCCCAGAGUCUGACAAGAGACUAGACAUCAGUGUACGAGGGAGAAGAAGCUAUACAUUUAUAGCAGUAGUGCUGCCUGGUGGGAAAAGCAUUGUCACCAUUUCUCCACGGGACAGUCCAUAAGCUUUUGAGCAAGUUACUUAGCUCUGUGCUUCCGUUUUCCCAGUAGUAAAGCAUCAUAGUUAAUACUUGCACUGCCUUCCCGCCUCAUGGAAAAUGGCAGGAUCAAAUAGGCUCUUUCUGAGGACCCUGAAAGCUGUGAGUGUACAAAUGCUAAUAUUGUUUGUUGUUGUUGUUUUACUGUAUUUCCAAUCUAAGAUUUGCUUUGCACCGAAAGAGGUAAUGAUUUUUUUACCAAACAAGUCCGUGGAAGCGGAAGCACAAACCACAAAAUUCAGUAUGCAUUCUCUGACUCAGGCAUUGAUUUAAGAGUAGGCAGAAUGAUACUUGUCUUGGCUCUGAAGCCAGAGAGAUUUGUAUUCAAAUCCUGCUCUGGUUUUUGGGCAGCCAUUUGUAUGAGCUUGUUUCCCCGUAUAGGUGAGAAGCUAAAAAUGUUUCUCUUUGUGAAAAUGCUUUAUCAGACGUGAAAACUAAAGUAGUGGUCCACCAGAUUCUUCUGCCCUUAGGAGUCACUUGGAUGCUUACUAAUAGUUUCUACCCCUUUGCUGGGAGGUUCCGUGAUGCAGUAAGAAUGGAGAGAGACCUCUUCAGGUCUUAUGUGAAUGUGUAUUUCUGAGGUGGCUCUUGUGUGAUAUUUACAACCAGUUAACUCUGGGGAUUGUGGAUUAGGAUACAUGUAAAGUAUGUAUAUACACACAGCAUAUAAAAUAGAGUAGGUGCCUCAUACACGGCAGCUAUGUUACCAUUAGUAGUCUAGUGAGAUCUGUAGUUUUUUCCGAAUUUGAGUUUUGUCUUUAUUCUCAAACAACACAUGAUUUAGUACCCAGAAGUUGCAUAAAAGUAAGAUUCCAUACUAGAUUAUAGCACGGACGACAUAUUCUGAUACCUGGUCUGGGCCCUAGGCUCCAGCCUUAAUUCUCAUCAAUAAACUUAAGUGAUGAUGUUUCCUAGGAGUCGGUCUUUGCUUGUUUUCAGCAACCUGUUCACUACAAAUGACGGACCAGAGCUUUGAGAGCGGUCAUUCCCACCACCGCCAGCCCCCCACAGGCAUCCAGAUCAUGCCAGAAUGCUUGUAUUGAGCCAUGUGAGUAAUAGUGCAUGGUGAAGAGCAGGAGCUCAGCAUCACAUAGUUAUCAUCACCAUGCUGGUAACCUGUUCAGUUUGCUGCUAUCUCUUGUCACGAAGAGAAUUCCUCUAGAUGCAAAAUCAACUCCAAACCCAGAACACCUCUGACUCGCCUGUGUUGGCCAUCAGCUGCCUUAAACAUUCACACCACGUUUGAAUAUCUCCUUCUACAAUGCAGUAUUUUCUCCUGUCACCUUUUUUUACAUUUUGAUGAAUUAUGUGCCUACUUAACCCAAACUGUGCUGGCUCUGUAAAAUGUCUAUGCACUCUUCUGAGAUAGGAGGCGCUGUACUUCUGAGAAACGUGCUGCUCUCUCCUUGGAGCCUGUGCAUUUGGAGACCACUCCUGCCUGGUCACAACAUGGGAAUCUGCGAAGUGUUUAAAAACUGUCGCGAGACCGGUAGAGUCAAGUGGGGCAGUCCGUAGGAGAGCACGUUCAGACGGAAUAUCUGUGCUAACAGAAUUACACCAAAGUAUAUUUUCAGGACAACUUUCUUAUUUCUGCCAUCUAUUGGAAUAAAUUAUUUUUCUGCUUUCUGUGGAAA